GUUGCCGUGGAUACGCCGGGCGGACACUUCCUGAACCCGGGGGCGCUGGUGUCAGCGGUGGGCGUGGCCCGGCUGUGCCAGCUGGCGCUGGGCGGCGCCCUGGUCAGCCUGGUGGUGCACUACACCGGCCACACCGGCGCCCCCUACGGGUGGCUGUGCAUGGCGGUGUGGAGCUUCUGCCUGGCCGUCACGCUGGCGAUAGUCCUGCUGGACGUGACGCGGCUGCACGCCUGCCUGUCCGUCUCCUGGGGCGACCUGACCGCCGCCCACGCCGCCCUGGCCGCCCUGCUGCAGGCCGCCGCCGCCGCGCUCUACCCCGUCUACUUCCUGCUCCCCGGCUGCUCCUGGGGGGCCUGCGGGACCUGGCGCUACCGCGUGGCGGUGUCCGUCUGCGCCUGCGCCUGCUGCCUGGCCUACGCGGCCGAGGUGGCGCUGUCCUGGGCCAAUGGCGGCCGGCGGCCGGCGCCGUACAUGGCCACGCCCCCCGGGCUGCUGAAGGUGGGCCAGGCCUGCUCUGCCGGCGUCAUCUUCGGCGCUCUGGCCAACGGCGAGUAUUCCCGCCACGUCCCCGCCCGCUACUGCGUGGCCGUGUACGCCGUCUGCUUCGUCGCCACGGUGGCGGUGAUCGCGCUGACCGUGUCCGGCAGGAUCGGGUCUGGGACCGGGACCGGGACCGCGACCCGAACCGCGGCGCCCCCGCCCCGCUUCCCGCUGGACCGAGCCGUGGCGGUCUACACCUUCCUGGCCACGCUGCUCUACCUCAGCGCCGCCGUGGUCUGGCCCAUCUACUGCUUCCACAGGAGCUACGGCGCCCCCUACAGGCCCACCGGCUGCCCGCGGUGGGGGGGGCGCGGGAGGUGCCCGUGGGACGCCCACCUGGUGGUGGCGGUCUUCACCUGCCUCAACCUGCUGCUCUACCUGGCCGACCUGGCGUGCUCCCAGAGGGCCCACACCGUAUCCCAGCAACCCCUGUUUGUGUAGACCGGUCAGCGGGGGGCGGGGACUUCCCUGAACCCACCAAUCAGGCGAUGACUCUCCCGCCCUUUGACCGUCUUAGGCCUUCAGCAAAUACACUCACCCCAGAGUGAUGACACUCGAGACUCCUGACACUCGAGAAUCUCAAGGCCAGCGGAGCCAAGCCUGGCUCUGGAUAUGCAGCAUGAACAGGAUGACAGCCAACCAGGCAAUCCCAAGGCUGCUAUUACCCACAAUCCCUCUCUUCUGAGACUGAGUGACAGAUUGACAGGUGGAGUGGGGAAGGGGAUGAGGGGUGAUUCCUUUCUGGGUUUUCUGGCCCUACUGGAGAUAGGACUUAGAUGAGUGUGGCCAACACUACUGGAUCGAACCCUCCCUCCCCUCCCCCCACUUGCCCCGCCCGACCGGCCCCGCCCCAGAGCUGGAGUUAGCUCUCCCUGUAAAUACCACACCCACCCGCUCAGCACUUUGUCCUCACCCUACCCCCUACCCUGCCCCGCCCCUACCAGCCCAGAGGAAGACACUGUGUUUAGUAGGGUUCGGGGGGGGAGGAGUUGGGUGUUUGGUUUCUGACCCUCAGCAGGUGACAGGGGUGGGAAAGUUCUCUGAAGCUGACCUCAGAUCCUGGGAAAGAGGAAGGAAUCCCACGAGCUUGGCGAACUCCCCGCCCCCACUCCCAACCACACUCUCUCCCGUACCCUUACCCCAACCUCCACCCACACCCUCGCCCCAACCC